CCGCAAGGAUGCCCCUCUAGCGAUAUCCAACGAUGCUGCAUCUGCAGAAUGAUUGGAGCUAUCAGCACAUGAUCGUGAGGUGGGGUUGACGGUCGUCGACGAUCAGUGUAUCGUAGAGAUUUAAUGUUUGAUGGCUGACAUAAAGUGAAAUCGUGAGCAUUCUCAAACAUCUCCUGAUUACGAUGGCUUCCCAAUUCAAGCUUGACGAGUCUCUCAAAGGCGCUCUGCCCUCGGACUUCACCUGGGGCUUUGCUACGGCUGCCGCCCAGGUCGAAGGUGCAUGGAACAAGGACGGUAAAGGCGAGUCCAUCUGGGACAAGUUUGCGCAUACUCCAGGAAAGGUGAAAGAUGGCAGCACAGGCGACGAUGCCGUGCGCUCUUACGACCUCUACAAGACAGACGUUGCUCUCAUGAAGAGAUACGGCGUCAGCGGCUACCGCUUUUCUCUCUCAUGGUCACGAAUCAUUCCCCUCGGCGGGAAAGAUGACCCCGUCAAUGAAGACGGCAUCGCAUACUACAACCGCCUCAUCGAUGAGUUGCUCGCGAAUGGCAUUACGCCCUACGUCACGCUCUUCCACUGGGACUCCCCGCAGACUCUCGAGGAUCGGUACGGCGGCAUGUUGGACAAGGAGAAAUACACGCCCGACUUCGUCCGCUAUGCUUGGGUAUGCUUCGAGCGCUUCGGUGACCGAGUCAAAAACUGGAUCACCUACAACGAACCCGGCGUCUACACCCUCGCGGGCUACGCUGCCGGGGUGCACGCCCCAGCCCGGUCCAGCUUCAGCGAGCUCAAUGAGGAGGGCGACUCGUCGACCGAGCCCUUCAUUGUUGCGCACACCGAGCUCAUCUCUCACGCCUACGUGGCCGACAUGUACAAGAAGGAGUUCAAGCCGACGCAAAAGGGCAAGAUCAUGAUCACGCUGCACGGGAAUUGGUCCGAGCCCUGGGACGCGUCGGACCCUCUCGACGUCGAAGCCGCGCAGCGGGCCCAGGAGUUCGAGAUCGCGUGGUUCGCCGACCCGCUGUAUAAGACGGGCGACUACCCGGAGUCCAUGCGCGCGCAGCUCGGCGACAGAUUGCCACGAUUUACACCAGAGGAGAGCAAACUUGUGCUGGGCAGCUCUGAGGUCUACGGUAUGAACUCGUACUCUGCCUUCUACGUCAAGCACCGCGACGGUCCAGCCGACAUCAACGACCACAAAGGCAACAUUGAGCAAUUUGACGAGAAUAAGGAGGGUGUACUGCGCGGGCCAAUGAGUGAUACCUACUGGCUGCGCACGACGCCGUGGGGAUGGGCCAAGUUGCUGCGGUGGAUCUGGAAUCGGUACCAUGUGCCCAUCUACAUCACGGAGAACGGGACAACGGCGCAGGGCGAGCAUGACUGGAAGCCCAAGGGACCGGAUGACAUUCUCGAAGAUCCUUUCCGGAUUGACUUCUUCAAGAGCUACCUUACAGAGGUGGUCAAGGCUUCGCAAGAGGGUGUUGUCAUCAAGUCUUACUUUGGAUGGACGUUUACCGAUAACUGGGAAUGGGCGGCAGGGUUCUCGGACAGGUUCGGCGCGACAUGGAUCGACUUUGAGAGUCCUGAAAAGACACGCUACCCGAAGAGGUCAGCACUUUUUCUUGGAGACUUCUUCAAGCAUCUGAUUAGCAAAGACUGACUGAAUGGGAAAAUUGCUCAUGUGGAUCGGCAGAUAGAAUGCAUCAAAAUUGGUAUUCUCGCCCAAUCAGCACUUUGACAGGAUCGACGAAACCUCCGUGACCUGGUUCCACGGACUUUUCGCGCGGGUUUACUUCAAAAGGAACGCUUCCGGUUUGAAAUACCAAAAGAUCUGCCUCGAGGGCGAAUCGAACGCCCGAUCUUCUCAUUACGUAGAUAAUACGAGUGAGACGCUUUACCACUGAGCCACCAAGGCUAAACAGAUCCAUGUUAUCUCCGGAGGACUAAGGUCUCAUUAUGCUAGCAUAGAGCGCGCCUGGAAGUCACGAUAUCAACGCUGGAUCAUUGCGAAUAAGGCUGUCUCCUAUUUUAGCGCAAGAAUUGGAGUUGACAUCCAGAGAGAAAGUCAAAUGGCAUGUGGAGCAGCUAGGACAUAAUACAACCAUCCUUGUCAGUCAGUUGAAGUCAAAUCUCCAAUUCGCUGA